AUGCAGUCGCGUUGCCACUCCGAAGCCAAGCCCCGGAUCUCGAGUUCGAGGCAACAGCCGCAGAGGCCCCAGAGCCGCAGGCGUCGCAGCCGUCGGAGCCAUCCCAGGCCGAGGCCAAGCCCAAAAGCGCGCAGCAGCCACCAUCGCAACCGGAAGCCGUGGAGGAGGCAUUGGAGGCUCGUGACUACACCCAGGUUCCCAAGCAGUUGGAUGAGCAAUUCGAGAAGCUCGACCCC